AUGGAGUCUCUAAAGAAGAACAAUUUCAAGACACCGGCAGGCCAUACGUAUACCUACUGGACAUCAGAGGCGAAGGGCACAAAGCCGACGUUACUCCUACUGCACGGAAAUCCGGACUGCGCUGCUCUAUGGACAGACCUGAUCAACCACUUCUUGCUACCAGAAGGCUACGGCAUCAUCGCUCCAGACCUGCUUGGCUUUGGCAGCACAGACAAGCUCAAGGGUAUUGCGAACUACACCAUGAGCUCAAUUUCAAACGAUCUACUCGCCAUCCUCGACGAAGAGGGUUUGAAACAAGUCAUACCCCUCGGCCACGACUUCGGUGCAAAUCUCGCCAGCAAGUUUCAUGCCUUCGCGCCAGAACGCGUUUGUGGACUCGUCACGUUGGGUACGACAUAUCUUCCACCUUCGCCGUAUCCUUUCGAUUUCGAGCAGAUACGCGGAAUGCAGGAGCAGUACGUGGGUUACUGCUCCAUCUGGUACUUUCCACUCUUCACGUCAGAAAAAGGCUAUCGAGUGAUCGAUGAAAACGUCGAGAACAUGUUCACGGCGCUGCAUGGUGGUGGGGACCGUAUGAAGGAGGUUUGUUGCUAUGAGGGUGCUAUGGAGAAUUGGUUGAGGAAGCCUUCGAACGUGGAGAAGGAGGUAUUGCCAUAUGCGAGGAACGAUCAGUUUCGACAAGAGUGGAUCGAUAGAAUGAAGCAGAACAGCUUCAGAGCCCCUCUCGACUGGUACAAGGCGACAGCUCAGAGUCUGGACUUUGAGGCCGAGAACGACGCGUUGAAAGCCGGCAACCAUGUCGUCAAAGUUCCGUACCUGUUUGUUGCUGCAUUGAAAGAUCCCUUGGCGCCCUCGGCGGCCGUUCAGGGACCUAUUGCUCAGGGGUUGCUGCCAGACGUUACGCUUGAAGAGGUUGAUGCCAGUCACUGGUGCAUGCUUGAGAGACCUGCAGAGGUCGGACAAGCAGUAGUGCGUUGGCUGUCUAGCAAGUUCUAG